CGCGGUGGAGUUCGCGUCGUCGCGGGCUCCUGAAACGCAGUUUCCGCGACUCGCUGCUCGGCGAAAAAAGUGCGUGCGCGCGUGCCGUUCCGAUCAUUUGGGAUGCUAGUCAGGCGGUGCGCCAUCGACCUGGGAGUCAUCGUGGUGGUUCGAUGAGAGGACGAGGUAGAUUGGAAGCGCAGCAUCCGCAGAUGCAGCCAACAUGGAUUCCCACGUCGGUCUUGACUACAUCGUGGAUAAUCCCGAUUAUUGCGUCAAGCUCGCCUCAGCGCUGGAAACGGCAUGCCCGUCCGUGAAGAAGCAGGUCGUCGAGCUGCUGUCGGCGCUAUGCGUCUACAGUCAGGACGGCAGGCAGAGAGCCAUCGAUACUCUUCACAUAUACCAGGAACGGAAGGGCGAGCGCUAUCGAUUGCGUGUCGUGGUCGACGAGCUACAGAAAGCGACGGCCGAGGAUUACCAGACAGCACUGCUGGCGUUCAUAAAUUGUUUGGUCAUCUCGACGCCAGUGCUCAAGGAUCGCAUACGUAUUCGCAACGAGUUUAUCGGCCUCAAGCUCUUGCCGAUCCUAAACGAGCUGCGGAAAAGCCACGCGCCGGAUGUAAGAGUGCAGCUGGACGCGUUUGACGAUCAACGGGAGACCGACGAGGAACUAAGCAAUCACGGGCCACCCGGGAUCGAUCUCUCCUCUCACGUAGACGUGUUUUACGCCAUCCUCGGUCAAAUCGCAGACACACCGCAGGAGAUACCAUUUCUGAGCGUCCUGCAGCAUCUGCUGCGGCUGGACCCGAAAGACGCCGCCAGUGAUCUGGCAUGGGACACCGCGGAGACUUUGGUGCACCGCGCCACGUUGUUGGAAAACCGUGAGGAUGCCACUAAGUUGUUGAGAUCGCCUAGUCUUCAAACGAAUCUAUGCUGUCACUGCCGCGGCGCCGAUCAGACGUGCGGAACGUCGCGAAAAGCGUCUCUGCCGGCGAGCAACAAUUCGACAGUACCUUUACCACCCCCACCGCCACCCCCGGUGGCACCGAAUCCACCAACUUCUCCAAGUGGAGGCUUUAUUCUGCCGCCGCCACCUCCGCCGCCACUUUUCGCCAACUCUAUUGUUGCUGAUGCACCGAUGGAGCCGCCAAUGCCACCACCCUUGCGCGUGCCUCCUAUUGCACGCGCACCUACUCCUGAGCCGCCUAGCAAUCAUGCCAGGCUGCUGCCGCAACAGGAGAUUCCUACCCCUAGGACAAAGAUGAAGACCAUCAAUUGGAACAAGAUACCCAAUCAUAAGGUGAUUGGAAAACGAAAUAUAUGGUCUCUCGUGGCAAAUGAACAUCAGAAUUCCCCGAUGGCAGAUUUAGAUUGGGCCGAAAUGGAAGGCUUGUUUUGCCAACAAGUGCCACCGAUGGUACCGCCGACGACUUACUCGUCCUCGUGCGGUACCGGCGUUGACGCCGAACGACGCCGUCGAGAACCGACAGAGAUUGCGUUACUUGACGGAAAAAGAAGCCUGAAUGUCAACAUCUUUCUGAAACAAUUUCGAAGUUCAAACGAAGAUAUAAUCCAAUUAAUUAAAGACGGCGGCCACGACGAUAUUGGCGCAGAGAAAUUGCGUGGUCUUCUGAAAAUAUUACCGGAAGUGGACGAAUUAGAGAUGCUCAAGAGCUUCGACGGCGACAAGUCGAAGCUCGGUAACGCCGAGAAAUUCUUUUUGCAGCUUAUUCAAGUACCAAAUUACAAGUUACGCAUCGAGUGUAUGCUAUUGAAGGAAGAAUUUGCUGCGAACAUGAGUUAUCUGGAACCAAGCAUCAACUCAAUGAUACUUGCUGGCGAGGAUCUUAUGACGAACAAACCUCUGCAGGAAGUAUUGUAUAUGGUCUUAGUCGCCGGCAAUUUUCUUAAUUCCGGCGGUUACGCUGGCAAUGCAGCGGGUGUAAAGCUCUCAUCAUUGCAAAAGUUAACAGAAAUUCGUGCAAACAAGCCGGGGAUGAAUUUGAUACAUUAUGUAGCAUUGCAAGCUGAGAGAAAACGGAAGGACUUAUUGAAUUUUGCGAAGAAUAUGACUGCUCUAGAAGCGGCGACAAAGACAACGAUCGAACAACUGACUAACGAAUUUAACAGUCUGGAUACGAAGAUUAAAAAGAUCAAAAGUCAGAUUCAACUCUCUUCGACCGAAAGCGAUAUACAGGAGCAAAUGGCACAGUUUCUUCAGAUGGCCGAACAGGAAAUGGCACAGUUGAAAAGAGACAUGGAGGAGCUCGAGGGAGUGAGACGAUCUCUUGGAGAAUUUUUCUGCGAGGAUACGAAUAUGUUCAAGAUUGAGGAGUGUUUCAAGAUAUUUCAUCAAUUCCGCCAGAAGUUCAAUCAGGCUGUCGCAGAGAACGAAAGGCGACGUAUUCAGGAGGAACAGGUUCUGGCGCGUCGUAAGCAACGCGAGGAACAGCUGCUGGCGAGAAAACGAUUGCUGAGCAAUCAAACGGAGACUCCAGGCUCGGAAUCCGAAUCUAAUUUGAUGGAUUAUGGGCUCUUCGAUCUACACACCGGUUUACCUCAGAGAAACUAUAGUCGUGGCGAGGCCAAGAUAAGAAGAUUACAGAAUGGUGGCGUUACGUCGGACGAGGAUGUCUCCAUCAUCGGAUCACCCAGCAUCCGACGUCGUUUGGGAUCAUGCUCCGGCGGACCUGAUCAACUAUCUACCAAAGAAGACACAUAUUCGCCAGAUAUCACGCCUAACGGCACGCUUCGUCGGCGCAGAAGCAGGAUACCCUGCGAGGACGAUGACGGAAAUUUAAUGGACUUCUUACGAACGUCCGGUCAAGAUAAUGCGCGGGAAAGAAAAUCGUGGGGAAGUUUAGAUCGAUCGUGGGCACGAAGAGCUCGCGGACAGUCACGAAGAGGAGAUCUUUUGAAUGCCGAUUUUUCGGGAGAUCGGGAACGACCAAGCUCGCCGUCCCCUCUCGCGGAAACCAAACCGUUCCUUCAAGAAGAAGAAGUGAAGCCAACUGGAAAAGCGUGGCGGCAAAAGAUCGAGGCGUGGCUGACAGAGAACGAGAAGGAGGAUCGUGCGGGCGAGCAGCUUCAGAGAAAAGCAAAGCAACUGCAUCAGGCGAACCGACGAUCCUUCGAAGACUCAGAAAGCGAAGGCAAAAGCGCGAUGAACACUUUGGCGGAAGAUCAAUCUAUACACGGAGGAUUCUCCGAGGUUUACGAUUGGCGACCGUCGGUCGAAAAAACUGACGUGAUGCGCACGAUGGAGGCCAUUGAAGAAGCUCAGCCGCUUUCGUCCCAGGACAAGUCCCCUUGGCGAAAGUCAAGCUUAAACGUACCAAAUAGUAUAGAAGAGACUGAUCCGCGUUAUUCCCGUAGACUUAGGUCGAGACACAGCACGGAAAACGCUCUUGCCACGAGCACAUUGCAGGCGAUCAGAGAAGAAGACAGAAAGAAGAACAAGAUCGGUGACACGAUGAACCCGGACACGACGACUCAGGACGAAUUGACGAUUUAUCUUCGGCAACCAACUUACGUCGGAUCGCAAGCGCCUGCAACUCGACGGUUCUCGAAACUGAGCAAAAGAGUUACGGAUGAGGAAAGAAUCAGCGAUAAAAUCGAAAUCGAUUCGGACAAUAUCGAGACACCACCGACGACCAGACGACUAUUUAGUCCGCCGAAAGAGGUGAAACCCGUGGAGAAGGAACCCUGCAAGAGGGAACGUUGCAGCAGCUCUCUUCAGAAUCGAGAAAUGAGGACUGCGAUCCUGAAACCAAUUGGCACGGAUCUUGGCACCGGUAAUUUUGACAGAUACUCGGCAACGCGGCGGACUCGCAGGUACAAGAAGACCCAAGAUGCUACGGGCGACAAGGAGAAAUCGGACGCGUCGAGUCCCGAGUUAAUCUAUGAUGAGAAACCAGCGGUACAGCGACCCAACACCCUCGCUUUGCCCAGCGAAGAGACGCACCGCGAAAAUGAGAUCGAGGAUGCCAUGUUACGCGUCUGGCAGGACAAAUUGAAGCGUCGCGACGUCGUCUCAUCGUCGUCGCGCGACAUCGACGCCGCACUGGCGGAGAUCGCCCGGUCCGGCGAGGACCUUCAGCGUUUGUCACGCGCUACAACGACGGCGACAACGACGACAGGCUCGCACAGAAGCUCGCGACUUCCGGUCAGUCAGCCUCCGCCGCCGGUUGUGGCGGUGACGAACACUGUAUUAAGUCCGGUGAUGCAGGAGUCGCGGCCGCGCGAGCCGAUCACGGUGCUCGCCGAACGAGCGGUGACGAGCCGCGAGCGUCACCGCAGCAUGAUCGAUCCGAGCCAGGUGAAAGAAGCGGUUCGCGUGACCAGCAAUCCGCCCAGUCAGGUCAACCAGGAGCAGGAAACUCCCAGGAGCUUCCCGCGAAACGGAAGCUCGCUGCACCUCGAUCGAAAGCAGGAUAAUACGCCUGACGUCGUGAAAAACGAGCAGCACAUGGACCUGAAGAGCAUCGAAGGCGCAAGAGAUCUCGAAAAGAAUGUUCGAGUAACGGAUGAUCCUCGCGAUCAGUCGGUCACGCGACAAAAUUCCAUGUUCCGCAGGUUCAUUCCCGAUAUAAGCGUGACGUCCUCGCCGCCGUCGUCCGGCAAAGGCAAAGAUCAAGAAUUGAAUGACGAGGGUUUCGAAGAGACGCAGAGUCUCGUGUCGGAGACUCUGAGUCAGGAGACGUCCUCGGGCAAUUAUGAAACGGACACGCACGACUCGACGCGUUAUUCGCCGGCGGAGCUGAGCUACGGCGGCGAGCAGCGUCGGCGCAGCAUCACCGCGGUGGACGACGACGAUCUUGACAGCGGCCGAAGAUCGUCCGUCAACAAGUUAUUGAAGCCGUCUGCGAACAAGGCGUUCGACAAGCCGAGGGAGAGCGCAUCCGUGAGAAACGCAUCGGAGAAAUCUAGUUUUUUACCGAAACGCACUGCUAGUGCGAAGCGCGAGUCCACGCUGAGGAAGACGGAGCCUCCGAAAAGGCCCGCGAAUAUUACCUCGAGCAAUUCGGCAGCGUUCAGAAGCGAGGUGCAGCGCUCUGGCUCCAGAAGCAGUCUCCGCAGCUCACGAAGUUCACUGAACAGCGCGACUUCCGUGAACACGGUGCGGAAUCUAGCCGCCGGCCACGCACAUUUACGCAGUUACACAUCGGCCAUUCGCGCACUUACCAAUGACCUGAGGAAGAGCAGUCCAUCGAACAGUCCGCUGCCGCCGAAGAACGUCGACAAAAGACGACCGAGCCCUCGUCAGCAGAUCAGCGUCAGCAGGAUACCCGCCAGCAGAAGCAGUAGCAGCGGAAGCAGCGUUGGUCCCGCGGCGAGAAGCGUUCGGAAGGCACAGGAGAUGGUGCCUGAUAUGCCAAAGGUCACAAGGGGUCGGCCGAUCUCCUCCCGCAGCAGCAGUAGCGGUAGCAGCAUCGGUCAGCAAUCGAUCAUGGGGAAUCGAUUGACAUCCAGUGACAAAACAUCUGCGACGAGGAGCAGACUAUUGCAGCCGCGAGUCAGUUCAAAAAGUCACAGUUUUAUGAGGCCUACGACCGCAAGCGUCAACAAAGGUUCCAUACCGAACCUUCCGAGAAGCAUCAAAGCCAUGGUCAAGUGAUAUUUUUCUUCGACGAGAAACUAUAUCCACGACGUUGUUUGGAGUCAGAGGACUAUUUGUUUAACAAUUACAUUAGAAAUAACAAAACUCAGAAUUAUGUAAGAUCAGCCGCGGUUGCUGUUAACAUUGCAGAUUUGACGGAAAGCUGAUCGGCAGAAUUGUUAACGUUUAUGUUAGUUGAAGAUUAGUUAAUGAAGAGUAUUAUUCCCCGCUUAUUACGCAGUCUCACGGUGUUAAGUCAAAAAAAGAAGUAAGACUAUUUUCCUCUAGUACACACUACUACCGCACCAAACAAUGCAAGUUCUCGGAUGAGAGAGAUAAUCAAAUCCAUUUGCAGCUUUAUACCGCGUUACAAUCCAGGAAACUUUAAGGACCGUCCCGAUCUUUAUGUUUGACGCCAAAUUGAGGGAGUAUUCCUCAAGUAAUAUAUUUAAACUAUAUGUAACAUAUUCCACUAAUGUGCAUGUGUACGAUAUAUUAUAAUUUUUAUCGUUAACAAAGAUAAAUAUAUUGUAGGAUACGUCCGACGAAAUAAAUUAACAAAUUACGUGACGAUGUGAUUCGAAAUUUAGCGCAACGGACACAAAGUUAAUGAAUAAACUUGAAUAAACUUACAAUUAAUUAUAUAUGUUUUACAGGAUAUUUAUGGAGGAAGAGCAAAAGUAAAGUUUGACGAAUAAUUGCAAACACGUGUAA